AUGCAGUUUCCGCAGCCGACAUACCACGCUCUUAUUUCGCGCACAAAUUUUCAGUUGCAAAACAUGCGGACUAGCGGCGGUUUGUCAAAAAUUGCACUUUUUAUCUUGCUAUGUGCGGCCGCCGACGUCGCGUGUUUGAAGCUGAAGGCAAAACUCGAUAUCGUCCGCAGCCACAAUUCGUACAGGGCCGGCGUGAAACCCGAGGCAGCCAACAUGCUCAACAUGACGUGGUACGAACCGGCAAGCAGGACGGCCCAAAGUUGGGCCAGCAAGUGCAAAAGGCUGACCCACGACGACAGUUCGAACCGGGUGGACAGCAAGUUUGGCAACUGCGGCCAAAACAUUUUCAUCUCCUCAGCGCCAAUGGGCUGGCAGGCGGCCGUGAAAGCGUGGUACUCGGAGGUGUCCAAAUUCACGUUCGGUUCGGCGGACAACAAGUUUGAGGAGAUCGGCCACUACACACAGGUCGUGUGGGCCCAGACGCACAAAGUGGGCUGCGGCCUGGCCAAGUGCACGGACGCCAAGGGAAUCUUCUUCAACUACAUUUGCAACUACUGCCCUGCGGGAAACAUCGUGGGACAAAUCAACACGCCCUACAUAAAGGGCACCAAGUGCUCAGGGUGCCCCAACAGCUGCCUACCAAAUGGACUGUGCGCGAAAAAAUAAUUUAAUUAUUUUCUGUCAAAAUUUAUUUUUGACACUGUUAAUCAAACACGAAUUAU